AUGGCUGGCUCCAAAUCACAGCAAAAGAUGCCAGGGGAGGAUGCCGAAGUCGAUGACAGCACCACAGAGCAUACUGUUGACGAUGCUGACGACUUUGUCAACAUGCCACAUAGCCAAUCGUUACAUAUGAUACAGAACUGGCCGCAUGCGUGCCUUAACAAUUGUGCAAAUCUUGAGUUGAGAAACGUCGGCCAGGAGGGGAAGCACGAAGGCAUACCCAUUCCAGCAUACUCUAUCAAAGAGAGGCUUUGUGGAGUAACCAUCAUGAUCAAAGCCACGAUCAUACACCAUGCUCUGCGAAAAUUGAAAACGGUCGACUACUUCCCUGAUACAUGCGACAUUCGUCUCGUACGUCCUUCUCACAAACCACCAGACUCUCCAUCUAUGAAAUGGCUCAGUGAGGCUCGAGCACAAGCUCAAAUCGAGAGACGCUGCAUUGCUCUCAGAAUCUAA